AACGAAAAGCCGUGACGAGAUAAACUUUUUUCUCUACCUUACCAUCCCGACCAGUGAGUCAUAAUUGCACGGUAAUGACAUUUGUGUCACACGCGACAUGCACUCUACGUUUCACCUGCUAAACGCUUUCUCAAGGUCCCCGUAUUUAUAUUCAUCUUGAGACAACUUCAUUUAAUGCACCUACACAUUGUCGGUAAUCGUGUUUUAUUUAGCGUAUUUUUCGAUAAUAUUUCAAGCACGAUUGUUUUAGCUCAAUUUAAUCGGUGCAUUGUUUUAUUUACACUGGACCGUUUUUACUCAUCUACUAGCCUUGUUCCUCUCUCAACGAUACAUGAUGCCAUUGUAUCAUUAAUGAAAUAGGACAAUUUGGAGUUGUAUUUAACUUUCUAAACAACUAAUUAAUAUAUCAAACCGAAUUGGAAUAUUCUUAAAAUGAUGGACAUUGACCCUCCACAAUUUGUAUCUAAAGAUGACGAAAUUCAGUAUUGGAUGGAACUUGCCCAUCAAAUACAUAGAAAGAAAGUAGAUAUAGAAAGAGAGUUGGAAGAAUUUCAAGAAAAUUCACAGUUACUAGAAAAUGAAUUAGAAGCAUCAUUAGAACAAGCAGAAAAAACUAAUAGAGAAUUACGACAACGAAAUACAAGAUUGGCUACUGAAGUUGAACAAUUAAGAACAAGAUUAGAUCAACAAACAGCAGAUUGUGCAAUGUUUCAAGGAAAGACUCAAGACUUACAAACACAGCAUGACCGUUUAUUAAAGUACAUAAGGGAAUUAGAACAAAAAAAUGAUGACUUGGAAAGGGCUCAUAGAAUAAAUAAGGUAACAGAAGAGGAAAUAGAAGCUAAACUUAAUUCUGCCAUUGAAAAGAAUGCUUUGUUGGAAUCAGAACUUGAUGAAAAAGAAGCUCUAAAAGUUAUAGUGCAGAGAUUAAUGGAUGAAAUUAGAGAUUUAAAACAAGAAAUCCAAAUUCAAGAAAGGCAUCAACCAGAUAAUGAUAAAUCAGUCGACAGAGUUCGUAACCAUGUUGAUAGUAAUAAACUUCAAGUUGAAUUGGAAACACACAUGUCGCCUAGUAGCCCAAUAGUACCACAAUCCAUACCUUCAAAUAAUACAACAACUUCACCAUUAAAAAUUGGAAACAGAGUUGUAGGGGGUGUAACAGGAAACAACAAUAACAAUAAUAAUGUGAAUCCACCUUUGGCAUCGUGUACAAGAAUAUUAGCAAUGAACAUGAUUGGUGACCUUAUGAGAAAAGUUGGUCUUGACAGGUGGGUCUGUAUGGACUGUAGGAGGGUAAAGUGCACUUGUCUGGGUGGGAAAAAAACAAUUUCUACUACACCUACCGAUUUACCAUCUAUCCAGGUUCAUACACCUACUCAUUGUAUAUGGCAACAACCUAGAUCAACCAAGUGCUGAUCAAGUUUUUGUGUACAGGCAUUGGAGAAUAAGUUAAACACCUGUCAAAAUCCAUCUCGAGAGGAUCAAGCUGUCCGUGAUCUUUACAGG